AUGGAUUCUCCACCGCCGCCCUCCUCGUCCGCGGGGCACGGCACCGGUGAGUCGGUGGACGGCGCCGUGCGGAAGGGCGCGGAGACGCUAUCUCAGGUGGAUCCGUUCCUCGUAGAGGCGCUCGAGAAUCCGCGCCACCGUCUUACCGGUAUGUUGGUACUCUCCUCCUCGAUUUCAGAAUCCUUGGUUCUAUCUUCAGCUCCGCUCAAUUUACGGUGGCUCGUGUUGGGGCUAUCUAGGGUUUUGAUUUGGCGAAGGAUUCUUGGAAUUAGGGUAAUGCUAUACCGAGGGAUUUCGCUUUGAUUUGAAUUCUUUGUUUUCUCGGCUUUGUUCUGCCGCCUCACUGCUUCCUUCUUGGGACUGGAUUUCCCGGGGAUUUGGCGACAAAGGCUUCGAUUGGAAUAAUGAACUUUUUCGGUCGAUUUAUUAUUCCAUGUCUCCAGUUCUAAUUGAUUUACCGGGGCCUUUGUUUUCUUUCUGGAUUUAUCAUCAUAACAGUAUUUUUAUCCUAUAUUUAUUUUUUCAUUUCUUAGAAUUAUCUUCCAUUUUGGGGUUGGGAAUUUUCCCGUUUUCAUUAUGUGUAUCUUUGACUUGAUUAUUCUUGUGAAGCGAUAACCUUCUUUAUAUCAGGCCGGGGUUUUUCGUUCGAUUGCUUCUCAGGAACAUGAGAUAGCGAAUUAUUUUCUCAAGGUAUUUGAGAUAAUUUGGUCUAUCUCGCAUAUAAAGCUUGCUGGCUUCGGUUCUAUCAACAAAACAUUAUGCGUUUUCUCCUGAUUCCUGUCUGCUCAAAGAUCUUCAUGCAAGGAAAAAAAGUCUUCCUACAGCCAGCAUAAUAACCAUAAUAAUACUAAUAAUAAUAAUAAUAAUAAUAAUAAUAAUAAUAGCUCGGUUUCUGGGUUUGAAUUCCAGUAGGGAAGUAGGCAGACCAUGUCUUACAUACCUGGCUCAAGCUUUUUUUGGUUAAACGGUGCAGAAUAAAAGGCGAUUCUUACCAUGAUAACCAUUAUCGAAUGAUUUUCUGCAAUUGGGUUUACCAGCUCCAUUCCUCCGAAGGGGGAACAGGUACCUGGGAAUCAGAUAAUCUCUGAAUCAUGUUUAGGGAAUGUGUGCAAUCUGUGAGUGUGGCGUUUCAGACAGAGAUGAACAAUGCGAUGCCAUCUGGGGUGGAGCGUUGAAAUUGUUCUCACAAGCUCUCUAGUAGGUUAGAAUGAUCCCACUGGCUGGCUCGUUUCCCAAAGGCCUAGUUUGACAGAAUCUGGGGAGAAGUGUUGACCGAUCGUGGGUCCUCUCUGGAUCCAGAGGAUAGAUCCUACCAUGCGAUUGCGGUGGUGCUAAUCGUUGACUUGUCGUUCAUCAGGCGGGCUCUUCACAUCCAAGAAACCAAGUAUGAUUUUAGAACCGUUGACCAAUUGUGGGUCAACGUCAUCAUGUUCCUCUGGACUCUGCUGUAACGUUUCGUGUUUUCUGCUGUCGUUUAUUGCAGUCCUUCGCAUGGAGAUGGAUGUUCAGAGGUUCCUGCAGAGCUCCGACCAGUACCAGUUCGAGUUCCAGCACUUCCCAAGCUCCUAUCUCCGACGCGCCGCCCACCGCGUCGCCCAGCACUACGGCCUGCAAACGCUGGUCCUGGAUGGCGCCGCUGCCGAUGGCAAGGCGAGAAUUCUGGCGGUGAAGACAGCGGAGAGCCGGAACCCCCCCAUCUGCCUGUCGGACAUACCGGCAAAGCCAUCGGAGAACGGGAAGCCCGCCGAGAAGGUGAAGAUCGUCAUCCGCGCGAGGCCUGCUGGAGCUGCCAUGGGCGGCGCAGCUGGGAACAAGAAGCAGCAGGAUUUCUUGAAGACUGUGGAGGAGAGGGAGGAGGAGUAUGACAAGGCUAGGGCUCGUAUAUUUAACGAAUUCAACGCCGCCCCAGAGACGGCGGCGCCACCAGCGCCGGUGUUGGGAGGAGGAGGAGGAGGAGAGGUGGAAGCCAGCCGGAGGAUUGUGGAUGAGCCCGAGAGGAGCGGCGGCGUGAAGGACGGAUCCGCCAGGGUGGCGGCCAUCUUCAGGGACAGGGAGAAGGACCGCACCGACCCCGACUACGACAGAAGCUAUGGCAGGUCCUGCGUAACUCGAUGAUUAUCCCUUCUUUCAGAGCUUCUCCCGUCUAGUUCAGGUUUGGGUUUAAUUUUUUCUGACUUGUGAUUCGUCUUCUGGCAUCGCAGGUAUGCCAGGGGGCCGCCGACGAACCAGAGCUUCAACGUGGGUCUGUACCACGGCCUGCAGCCCUCUCACCACUCGCAGUACGAAUUAGGGUUUCCUCAGCUGAGGCAGAUGCAGAGCUACCAGCCCUCCGGCCAUGUUUUGGGUUCCCAUUUCUACGCUGCUGGCUGCAACCAGCCCUCCGGCGAUGCCAUCUACGUGCCGCCCUGCCCCAGCCCCACCAUGAUCUAUGCUCACUCCUACGAGCAUUUCAGGAGCACUGUCUUCCAGGUACCUCUCUCUCGCUCUCUCUCUCUCUCGCUGUACAUACUCUUCCUCUCUCUGUGGGCAUGAUAUGAAGAUGGUUGUCUUCGCAGGGGCCGUUCUGUCAGCAGCCGUUGAGCUUCGAACAGCAACAUUAUCGCUGA